AUGGGAGAUGAUGAAAUGGAGUGUUUUGGCCCGGCGGCCAUUUACUUCCGGAAGCCAGAAAGAGAGACAAUCGAGGCUCAAAACAACCCCUUUGAUGCCAAAACGGCAUUCUUUGUGGCAGAGCCAAAGAACAUGUACUUCAAGGGUACUCUCGUUAGUAGAGAGGGUGGCAAAGUUACUGUCAAAACUCAGUGUGGGAAAACACUCACGGUAAAAGAAGCUGAAAUCUUCCCCAUGAAUCCUCCCAAGUUUGACAAAAUUGAGGACAUGGCCAUGAUGACCCACCUCAAUGAGCCUGCUGUGCUGUAUAACCUCAAAGAGCGUUACGCAGCAUGGAUGAUCUACACCUACUCUGGCUUGUUCUGCGCCACUGUCAAUCCCUACAAGUGGCUCCCAGUGUACGACUCAGUUGUUGUGGCUGGAUACAGAGGCAAAAAGAGGAUUGAAGCCCCGCCUCACAUCUUCUCCAUCUCCGACAACGCCUACCAGUUCAUGCUCACUGACAGUGAGAAUCAGUCUAUCCUGAUUACUGGAGAAUCUGGUGCAGGAAAGACUGUCAACACCAAACGUGUGAUCCAGUACUUUGCGACAAUCGCUGUGUCUGGACCGAAGAAGGCAGAACCUGUCCCUGGCAAAAUGCAGGGGUCGCUAGAGGAUCAAAUCAUUGCAGCCAACCCUCUGCUGGAGGCUUAUGGAAAUGCCAAGACUGUAAGGAAUGACAACUCCUCUCGUUUUGGUAAAUUCAUCAGGAUUCACUUUGCGACCACUGGGAAACUGGCCUCAGCUGAUAUUGAAACUUAUCUGCUAGAAAAGUCUCGGUGACAUUCCAGCUGUCUGCUGAGAGGAAUUACCACAUCUUCUACCAGCUCAUGACUGGACACA